GGCAUACACAGCAUCAGGUGCAUUAACGUAUCACUGUUCCUUUCCAUCCACGUAACUCGCCUUUGCGAAGCCCUGUCGCAGUAGAUUUACUCCCGUCUGCUUCAGCAAAAAUGACCGUUGUAGCUGAAAAUGCACCGUCAACGAGCGGGAACGAGGCCAUAGUGCUCAACUCCACAACAUUCGCGUACCCCGGCUGUGACCCCUUUAUCAAGGGCUGCAACCUGAACAUUCCUCGUGGUAGCCGCUGCUUGCUCAUCGGCGCGAAUGGCGCCGGAAAGACCACGCUACUGCAAAUCGUCGCGGGCAAAUACAUGGUCGCUAAAGACUCCGUGCGGGUGCUCACUCGCUCGCCAUUCCAUGACCUUCAACUUACAUGCACCGGUCAGCUGAGCUACCUGGGGACGUCGUGGCGCAAGGACGUGGCGUUUGCCGGCUAUGGAGUGCCGCUGCAGGGCGACAUCAGCGCGGGCAAGAUGAUCUUCGGCGUUGAGGGCGUGGAACCCGCCCGCCGCUCCCGGCUGAUCGAGAUGCUGGACAUUGACCUCUACCAGCGCAUCACCACAAUGUCGGACGGCCAGAAGCGCCGCGUGCAGAUCUGCAUGGGACUGCUCAAGCCCUACGACGUGCUGCUGCUGGACGAGAUCACAGUGGACCUAGAUGUGGUGGGCCGCCUGCGCCUGCUGGACUUCUUCAAGCAGGAGAGCGACGAGCGCGGCGCCACCAUCCUGUACGCCACCCACAUCUUCGACGGCCUGGAGGGCUGGAUCAGCCACAUCGCCUACAUGGAGGACGGGGCCAUGGUCAAGGGCGGAGACAUCGCCAGCGUGCGCGAGGUGGCGGAGCUGGCGGCGCAGGCGUCCGCCGCGCCCGGCAAGGCGCCGCGCAAGCUGCUGCAUGUGGUGGAGGACUGGCUGCGGUCGGAGCGGGAUGCGCGGCACGCACGCGCCGCGGCCGCCGGCACCACCGCCGCCGACCUGGAGACGGCGGUGAAGCCGCAGCGCACGCCAUUCAUGCCGUCCAAGCAUUUGGCCUUUUUCCGGUAAUUUGGGUUGCUGUUUGGCCCGGUGUUGCUGUAGGAGUGUGGGAGAAGUGUAAACAGAUUAUGAAUGAGUUUGCCAUAAGUCGAGAAUUGCGAGUCUAUGAAUGAGGAGCGCUGAGGAGUGAGGGCUAGGGUUCAGAUGGUACAGAGUGAUCUGGAGCACCGGGGAGCGCCGAGCGUGUCACCCGAGAGUUUCUGAGCGGACCAGAGCGCUAGAGGACUAGUAUGGCGAAGGCAUCGAGAGAAGUGCAUUAUGUGUACGCAUCACAUGCUGUAAUACUGCGAGUCGAUAUCGCGAUAUCGGCACCAAGUACACGCUGCAGGUGGCCCAGGCGGCCUGCCCGGAGCAGGGGGGGGGGCGAGAGGGGUUAGCCAAGUUGGUGCAGCGGUGCGUAUGGCAGGAUCCGAGUAGGUUUUCGACCGACGUCAUUUGCAAGAGUGUACGCAGCAUGCUUAUGCCGCCGCAUUACUGGAUGGCUGGGUGCGCUGGGCAGCCGAGGUUCAAAAUCUAGGUGACAGAUGGGGCAGAACGGGCCGCUAUGGCCACCAACACCGUCACCUUACCUUUGCAUAUUCAUUUUGCUGUAAGAAUCAUAUGAA